CUUUGUUUACUAAGUUUUCACGCUUUCCUGAAAGCCUCCAGCUGCAGAAAUACUAAACAAAGAAAAAGUUCCGUACAAGUGUGUCAUUUUCACUAGUGGCUUUGUUAGAAAGUGUUACGUUUUCCUACACCUUCAGCAACCAGACAAAGAUGAGUUUGAAGAAAUUGGAGGAUCUGCUGCAGACUGGUCAAAAACCACAGCCGUAUCCGACAAGUCUUGUAAAAGUGAAGGUGGUGAAAGUUGGUCAUAUAGCCAACUUCACACAGUCAAAUGGCCAAGAGGGAUCCAUGCUGAACUUCAGCGUAGCUGACAAUAGUGGUGCUGUUUUGGCAACGCUAAGUGACGUAAAUCAAUUUGACACUGUAAAAGAAGGCAAAACACUCCAGAUAAGGAAUUUCCUCAUGAAAGGAGGCAGACUAGUCUUGACAGAGCACACAAAGAUCAUGCAAGGUCCACUUUUCGACGUUGAUGCUGUGCACAUCGAAAAAGCCACAAACAUUAUUACACCUGCCUCGCCAAGGAAGACAGUAAAGGAAACAAAGGAUUUGCCUCUGAGGCAAAUGGUCACCAUCCAGGGGGAAAUUGUUAAGGAUGAGGCUAUUAAGAUCGUGAAAGUUAGCCAAAGAGAUACAAAUGUCAGAACAAUAACCGUAGAGGAUGAAGGCCAGCUCAUCGAUGUGUCUUUGUGGCGCAACUUGGCUGAGGAUCCUUUGGUUAAAAUAGGAGAAAAUUUGGAGAUAACGCAUUGUAUCACAUCAGAAUGGCAGAAGAAGCCAACUUUGAGUACUACAAGAAACACAGUGUUAAGGAAAAUCCUUCCCAGAGAAAUUAUCAUAUUCGGCACUGUUGAGGCCAUUUCCUUGAAGGACAAUGGAAUUGAAAUUUCUGUGCACACAAAUGAUCAAUACAAAGAUUUCUUUGUAAAUAAUGAUAUCAUGAUUGAGAAAAUAAGCGAAUUGCAAUUAAUGGAGAAGUCUGCAAAAGAGGAAUUCCUCCUUCAGAAAAUUCCCUUUCUGAUUGAAUUGAGAACACAGGGGUCAACUGUUUUAAACAUGGAACUUCUUUGAAAAGCAUAUUAAUCUCAGAAAAUAUUUGUUUCUGUCAUUCAUAAGAUACCAGUGAGACAGACAUAUUUUCAAUUUUACAAUAUUUGUGUUCAGGAAUGCUCAUUUUUGGAAGGAAGGGAAGGUAUGAUAUUACAGAAAAUUUCAAAAUUUUGUAUGUCCAUUGUUCAUUUAUACUUAUCACAGAAAAGUUUUCCAAAUGAACUGAAAAUUAUCUUAUACGAAUAACAUUUUAUCUCAAUAAGUACUUACAAUUAAUUUGUGCUACUGAAUACUAGUUUGUAGUUUUGUUCUCAAAAUAUGUGUUAUUAAC